GACUCAACAUUAAAACGCGAGAAACGCAUACUAUAAAUUUGGCACUCCAUCUAUGGUUAACAAUAUCCAGGCAGUUGGCUUCUUCAUUCGCUGCUGGCAACGAUUGCUGAAUUAUUGCAGGUUACUGAAUUCGUCAUUCAAAGAUGAAGAUCAUAACUCUGGUAUACUUGAUAGCAAUAUUAUGGCCCGCAUCAGGAAUUUCAGGUCCAGUGGUAACCACACCAUUGGGUAAAAUCGAAGGAGUUAUAUCUACAUUUGGUGUUAAGCCAGUAAAAAUGUUUCUUGGAGUACCCUUCGCCCAGCCUCCACUUGGGAAUCUGAGAUUUCUGAAACCACAGCCGGUACAACCCUGGAGUGAUGUCUAUCAAGCAAAGACCCAACCACCAGCUUGCAUGCAGUAUUCAGAAUCCCCGUUCCCAUGGUAUGAUAACAUGACUGGUAAAAGUGAAGAUUGUCUUUAUUUAAAUAUAUAUGCACCGGUCUCUGUAGGAUAUAAGUUCGCAGUAAUUUUUUGGAUUUAUGGUGGAGGGUUCACUUUUGGAUCGAAUCGUAUGGAAGUGUAUGACGCCAGACCUUUAGUAGCGCAAGGAGGAGUCAUUGUGGUAACUAUCAACUACCGUUUGGGAGCGCUUGGUUUUCUUACUUCAAACACAAGCGAUGCCCCAGGAAAUAUGGCUAUGUACGAUAUGAUGAUGGCGCUCCGGUGGGUGAAUGACUACAUUGAAUAUUUUGGAGGUGACAAAGACCGCAUCACUAUUGCUGGAGAAAGUGCGGGGUCCAUAGCCGUUAGCGCACUGUGCAUUUCUCCGCUGUCCAGAGGCAUGUUCAGUCGAGCUAUCAUGCAGAGUGCAUCAAUCAUUAUGUUCAAAUACAAUGAGUUGGGUUACAACUUGGAUCUCAGUGAGCGUCUAGCAGAAGCUGUAGGCUGUGCAACAAAGAAUUUCACUAUUUAUAAUCAUCCGACCGAAGUCGUCCAAUGUUUGAGAACUAAAAAUGCCACAUAUCUGACGAAAACUCUGUGGUCUUUCAAUCCACUCUCAGCUCGAUCUUUCUUCACUCAGUACGGCGAUGAAUUUCUACCGAAUAAUGCUAUAGACGACAUCAAAAACGGCAACUUCCAAAAUGUCCCACUCCUCGCUGGAGAUGUCGGAGAUGAAGGAGCUUUUCAGAUUACCACAGCACAUCCCGAUCAGUUCGGUUUCUUUGGCGAAAAAGAUCCAAAAGUCAACAAAACUUACGCCAACAGCCUUCUGGAAGGCCUCUUUAAAAAUUACACUGAUCCACAAAAAUAUAUCGAUUUCUAUUUGAAAGAUGUGCCUGAUGAAGACUAUGACCUAAUUAGAAGUCAACUUUCCGCUGCAUUUGGAGACAGCAGCAUCUUGUGUGAGACGGUGUAUUUUGCUGAGAGCUAUGCCGAGAGGAAAAAUGAUGUCUACUAUUACUUUUUCACUUAUCGCCCUUCCAAUUCACCUUGGGCAAAAUGGAUGGGAGCGGUGCAUUUUGAAGAUGUGCAGUUCGUUUUCGGUCGACCCGUCAGGGUACGAAGCAAGGAAUACGAUACAAAGGACAUUUGGGUUAGUGAACAAGUAAUGAAAAUAUGGGCAAACUUCGCAAAAAAUGGGCGUCCUGGCGUAUAUCCCGAAUGGCCAAAAUACUCUAAAGAAAAUCAUACCUAUUACACUAUAGAUACAGACACAUUUGGUGAUCUUGGCACAGGUCCUCACUUGGAAAGCUGCAACAUGCUGAGAAGUUAUUUUGGUUUUUAGCAUCUUAAUCACUGGAAUAAUACUUUGGUUUAGCAAUAUUAAAGAUACAAAUUACCCAGCAGUUUAUUGUAGAACACCGAUAGAAAGUAAUACAAAUUUCUUAGAAAUAAUUGGAUUAUAUUGGUUGGUUUUAUUUCCUUUUCUUUCAUUAUUAAUAAAAGUGUGAAACUCUUAAA